AUGACAGACCUCAUAUCAGAUGUUUGCCUUUCAAAAGCAACAAGUUCCUUCGCUGCAAGGAUAUUACGUAUGUGGACUCUGCCUUCCUUUGACAAUCCAUCAGACAUAGGUACUAUUAACAUGGUAUUGAUGGAUCAGCAGAGUUCGAAAAUACAAGCAUCAAUAAAAGGCUCGGCUGUCAUUGAGAUCUUUAAUGGUAAACUCAUGGAAGGUGAGGUAUACCAGUUUAGUGGUUUAGCUGUUUCGGAUAUAAUCGGAUUGUUAUCUGGUCAACCUCGGCUCACUCAUUAUGGAAAGGGGAAGACGAAGAUUCUCAAUAUAGAUCUGUUAAUUGGUGGACAUAAAAUGGAGUGCACAUUGUUUGGUGAAUACGCUGAUGAGUUUAACACAUUGCUUCAUAAUGACACUUCUCUCAGCCAAGUUGUCGUUAUUAAUAUGGCAAGAGUUAAAUUUUAUAAGGGUAAAAAUGUACUGCAAAACUCAAUGUAUGGAACAAAAAUAUUUUUCAACCCUGAUAUUCCUGAGGUCCUUGCUAUCAAGCAAAGCAUAAUGGUCAAUCAAAGUCUCACACCAUUCAACAAUCAACUCAAUGAUCCAAGCCAAUUGAAACCAGAAGAUGACUUCUUACGCCUGACGCGGAGGAUGGAUAUUGAGCAAAUGAAGGAGUGCAGAACGGAAAAGUAUGUUGUGUUCCAAGCAACAAUGAAGCAUAUAAUUGACCCAGAUGAUUGGUGGUAUGCCGCUUGUGUUUGCCAUAAAUCUGUUCAUCAACGUAAUAAGUUGAACUUCUGUGAUUCUUGCAAUCAACAUCUCUUCACAGCCUUCACUGUAUACCCAAGGUAUCGGAUUAAGCUUCGUGCAAUCGAUGACAAAGAUUCUGCUGCGUUAGUCAUUUUUGAUCGUGAGGCUUCUAUAAUGCUAAAUAAGUCGUGUGCGGACUUGAUUCAAAUUCUUGACAAGAAUGGUUCACUACACACUCCGCCAAAUGAAAUACUUCAACUUGCUGAGAAGACAUUCCUGUUCAAAGUUGAAAUAAAGCAAAAUAGAAUGUCAAAUUAUGAAGCAUGCUACCCAGUUAAGAGGCUCACAGAUGAUGUUGGACUAAUCCAAAAGUUCAUUGAAAUGACUCCUAAUCAGUUGCACCAGUCAGAAAAGGUUGUUGCAUCACUAUCAGACAUUGAAGCAACUCCUAAUACCACUUCUGAUCUGAACAAUUCUUCAACGAUAUUUAAAGGUAAAGCCAUUGCAUCGCUUUCUGAAACUGAUAGUUCUUCUGAGAAUACUUCUAUGCUGAUCAAUACCCCGAAGGACUUGCUCUCUGAUUUCACUGCUGCCAGUGAUGACAACAAUGUUAAACAGACAGUGGAUCAAGUUAUUACAUAUAAGAGGAAAGUUGAAAAUGAAGCUAACUUUGUGGCUGAUGGAUCUUCCGUUAAUCGUUUGAAGAAAGUUAUCAAAGUGGAGAAGAACUAA